GAAGAGAUUUUGUAGGUUAGCUGCAAGGAUAAAUUCUGUAGCAACAAAAACCAGAUUUAGACGCUUUCAUCGACGAAUAUUCAUCGGUGAAGGAAAAAAAUCACAGGCACAUACAUUUUAAAAAUGGGUAGUGGUUCAUCAAAGAAAAAUAAAGAAACAGCCACAAAAUCUAGUGGUAACAAUACAUCAGAAAAUGCAAAAUCUGAUACAGCAGUAAAAAACCAUGAAAGUGAAAGUACCAAACAAAAUGAAGAAAAGAAAAUCUUGGCAGAAAAACCAGAUGCAAUGCCAAAGCAGACAGCUAUGGCAAAAGAAACCAAAUCGUCUGAGGCGAGCAAUCAAAGAAAAUUAUCCAAUGGGGAUCAUCUGAGCUGGAUGGAAACUGAUUUGUCGGAGCUCAUGGGUGGAUUAGAAUUAAGUGAUGACCCUUGUGUUUGGGAACAAUAUGUGGAUGAUUUGAUAUGUAAAAGGAAACCAGAAAUUACUCCAGAAAAAGAGAGGCGAAGUUGGAAGACCAUUAGACUUUUUGUUAGUAGUACUUUUAAGGACAUGAACAAUGAGCGUGACUAUCUCGUAAAGGUAAUAUUUCCCCAGCUCAGAGAAUGGUGUGAGGAAAGAAAACUGAGGCUGGUGGAGUGUGAUUUAAGAUGGGGAGUACCAAAGGAUGCAGACACUAGGGAAACGUUAACAACAUGUUUGUCCGAACUAGACAGAUGUCGAGAAGAGAACAUAUAUCCCUAUUUUCUUAGUUUAGUAUCUGAAAGAUUUGGUUGGGUGCCAAAAAUAGAAGAAAUUCCAGAUGACAUCAGGGCAAGAUACAAAUGGAUGCCUGGGAUGUCUGUAACCACAUCAGAGAUUAUGGUUGGUGGAUAUUGGGGACAAAAUAGAAAUGCUCUGUUUUUAAUGAGAACACCAGAUUAUUUGGACCAUGUGAAAGAUGAGAAAGUGAAAUCUUAUUUGACUGAGAAAAAUGAUGACCAUAGACAUUCAUUAAGUACACUUAAAACAAAACUGAGGACAAAGUAUCCAAAACAAGUCCAUGACUACAGUUGUACAUAUGAAAAAGAGGCUGAAGGAAAACUUUACUUGAGUGGGUUUGAAGAAAUGGGACAAAGAGUGCUUCAGCACUUCAAGACGAUGUUAAGUCUUCAGUAUCCCACUGAUAGUCUUGGUCUGUCACCUACACUGAAAGACGUCCUAAAAUUGGAACAUGAGACUUUUAUGUUUCAGCGUUCUCAGGUUUUACUAGGAAGAGAAGAAAGUGUUCAGAUGAUACACAGCUAUAUUGAUGACACAGUUAAAGAACAUGUUCCAUUGGUACUUGCAGGUUUUCCUGGGUCUGGUAAAUCAGCCCUGAUAGCUUAUACUGUGAAACAGUGCCUUACAAAUAAGAAAUACAAGGUAUUUUAUCAUUUUAUUGGAGCAACUCCAGGAUCCACAGAUUUGUUCCAGAUCUUACAAAGAUUUUUCUUGGAAUUUAUGCCCGAGGGAACUAAGAUGCCUGAUGACUUGCAAGAAAUGAAAAGAUAUGCUCACACCAUGUUUAAAUAUGCAGCCCAAGUGGCUAAGAAAGAAGGUUACCAAAAGAUUGUUGUUUUUUUGGAUGCUCUGAAUCAGAUGGAUGAUGAUGGAGAUGCCCAUUAUCUGGUUUGGUUACCAAAAAAGCUGCCCGAAGGAAUGAGGAUCAUUGUUAGUACGUUGGAAGGAAAAUGUCUCAACUCCCUUCGUGAUGAUCCAGAUAGAAAAACUGACGAGAAGAAAUCAAUUGAACUGUCUGUUGAUCCACUCGUUAAAAGUAUUCGGAAAAAUAUUGUCACUAAAAUACUUGCUGAAUAUAACAAAAGGCUAGACGAUGAACAACUAGAGAUUUUAACAGAUAAGCCAGAUGCUGGAAGGCCAUUAUGGCUGACUGUGGCAUGUGAAGAACUCAGAGUGUUUGGUGAAUUCAGAAAACUGACACAGAAAAUAAGAGAUCUACCUAUUGACAUGAUUGGACUUCUAGAAGUUACAUCAAGAUUUGGACUUCUAGAAACAGAAUUGUUUGAACUGCUGGCCAUGCAGCCCAGUAUACCUGGAGCAAAGAUUGUAGAUGAUUUAGCUUUUGAAGGCAGACUUCCAAUGGCAAAGUGGGCUUUAGUGUAUGUUGGAUUAAGACAGUUUCUUCGUCCAUGUGGGAGCUCGGGAGAAGGACGAUUAGAUUUCCACCACAGAACCAUGAGUAAAGCUGUCAGGAAGAUGUACCUAUCGGACCAAGUGGCACAACGUUGGUGGCAUCAAAGACUUACUGAAUAUUUUGACAAAUGUACUGACAUGGAAAGAAAAGCAGAAGAGUUGCCUUAUCAUCUAGAAUGUUCUGCUGACAAGGAAAAAUUAAAAGAAGUUCUGUUGUCACAAGAUAUGUUUAAAGAAAUGUACAAAGACAACAGUAAACAGCAGUUAAUGAAAUACUGGCGUUUCAUUGGUGGAUACCAAAUUGCAUCACAAUCUUAUUAUGAUUCUCUAAAGAGAUUUAUCACGGAUAACAAUUUAACAGAAGUUUUAGACUGGGCUCCCAUACAAUCCAAAACAGCCUCAUUCCUGGUAGAUAUUGGAGAGUAUACUAUUGCAGACGACAUGUUGAAUGAGGUCAUCACAACACUCGUUGAAAAGUAUGGCAAGGAUUCUAAAGAGUUAUGUGAACCAACUUAUUUCAUGGUCAAUCUUUUGUUAAAAAAAGCUUUGCAGUAUGUAUAUGGAGCACAUCCAGGAUACAGAGAGUGUUGUGUUAAAGGAUUAAAACUCUCGGAACUCUGUGUGGCAGUAAAUAAGAAAUAUUUUUCCAAGGAUAAACAAUAUCUUGGACGUGUUUUAUUGUCCUGUGGAUACUUUGAAAGAGGAACAAGCUGUUUGGAAGAAGCAAUGAAUAUGUUUGAGAAUAUUAACGACCAGCAGGGGUUAGCUGUGGCAUUGUAUAUGUUGGGUGAAAAGAACCAGUAUCACAGUGAUUUAAGUAUACCAACAGAAAUGUUUAAGAAAUCUAUGGGACUAUGUUCAUCGAUGUUUGGUAAAUUUCACCUCAACACGGCCAGGUGUGCACAGCUUCAUGGACAGAUGUUAUGGAAUAAUUGGACAACAAAUCGUAAACCCGAAUUCCUAGAAAACUGUUUAGUUCUGUAUCAACAAGAAGUGGAGAUUUUAUGUGAAAUUCAAGGUGACCUCCAUCCAAACACAGUACGUUCUAGAGAAGAUGUCAUAAUAAUCCUGCAGAGUCUUGGCCGGGAUGAAGAAGCUAAAAAAUAUCAAAAUCAACAACCAAAAGAACACUCUGCACUUUAAAGAUAUUAUGACCUGUUCUCUUUAACGUUCAUAUAGUUUAAAUUGAUUCUUUUGGCCUUUUUGAAAUUCUAAUAUAUGUUUAAGUAUACUAUAAAUCCAGUAUGAUUGAGAAUAUGGGUCAAAUCAGUGAACCUUAUAUAUAUCAUAUAUUGGGAUGUAUUUUAGAAAUGUAAUAAUCAGGACGUAAUGUGAACUUUUUCACCUUUCUAUUUUUAUAUAAGUGGAAGUAAACAGUUUUAACUCAAUCUGUUCAUCCAUCUGACAAUCCGUCCAUGUGUCAAUCUGUCCCAUGAAUAUUUUUCAUUGCAUCUUUCUCAAUAUCAGGAUUUCUAAAAUUUGGUUUCAGGCAUUAUAUAAGUCAACUUUCCAGUCAGGUGGGCGGGGUAUCAUCAGUGAGCUUCUGCUCACGGUUUAUUUCUUUUUUUUUCAAUUUUAAGCUCACCUGGCCCAAUGAGCCCCCUUUUUAAUUUCAACUAUGCAGUCUUUAAACUAGUAACCUUGAUACAAGAAUUACAGAGCAACUGAGCAGGGUGAUGACAGUAAAGAUAUCUAUCAAUUAGUUUGAUGUUAGUCAAAAAAAUAAUCAUUCCCUUGUUCUUUCAAUGAUAACGGUGCAUUUUUAUAAGCAUUUACAUUGAUAAUAUUUAAAAAGUAUACACAGACCUCUGUAUCAUCCAUUUUAUCAAUAUUCCAGGGUCAGAUCCAGCCAAUUUUAAAAAGGGGAUUCCAACCCUGGAUAUAAGGGGGUGGUCAACCAAAUGUCAUCAUUCAAAAGCAUUGAUUGUCAACAGAAGGGGAUUAUGUCCUCUGUCUCAGCCCCUCAUCCGGAUCUGCCAUUGUGUUCCUAUAAUGUAUUUUUAUGACCCACUUAGGGGCAUUAUGUUUUUUUCUGUCUGUGUGUCCAUUGAUUUUUUGUUCACCUGUUCAUUUGUCAGUCCAUUUCUCUGUUAGUCCAUCUUUCCGACUUCAGGUUAAAGUUUUGGUAAAAGUUUAUUGGUCAAGGUAGUUUUUGGAUGAAGUUUGAAGUCUUAUCAACUUCAAACUUAGUACACAUUCCCUAUUAUAUAAUUUUCUAAUUUUAUGCUGAAAUCGAAUUUAGACCCCAGUAUUCAUGGUAUUACUGUCCUCAAAGAAAUUACAAAGAAAUGAUAGUGUGAGUGGGGCUUCCUUGUACUAUUCAAAUUCUUGUUAUAAUUGUGUAUAACUUAUUAUUGUACUUGUUUAUAUGUAUGUUUUUGAUCUUUGUAGUGUCUCGGGCACCAAUAAUGUAUUUGUAUCAUUGAAACAAACCAAAUAUUUGUUAUGAAGUAUUAUGAGCAAUCAAUUUCAAUCAGGAAUAUGGAAAAUUUUGUUUUCCAAAAAAUCUGUGAUAUUUUUUUUUAUUUUUGUGUUUGUAUAUAUUACAACAUUUUUUACAUAUGUGAUAAUCUUAAUUAUAUAUAUAACUGAUAACUUAUAUUAUAAAAGACUGACAAAAAAUUCCAGAGGGACAUUCAAGCUCACGAGUUGGAAAACAAACUGACAAACAAUAUUCCACAAAACUCAUCAUAUAAAUCUAGACUCAAAUAGCAACACUAACCAAAAAUGGGGGUGAUCAUAUUUGCUCAGGAAGGAUAAGCUUCACAAAUGUUGUGUUGCUAAUGUUAGUACAGACCAUGUAAUAAGUCUAUUUCAGAAGGUCACAUUCAGAAAAUUUUAAGUCUGAGAAAAUACUAUUGGUCCAGCAACUCUUAAGACAAAUGUACAUGAAGGCACAUAAGACAAAUCAUAAAAUUUUAUCACUCUGAACAAAAUACUGAUAAUGGCCAUGCUACUUUCUACUUUCUGUUUUAACAAAUGGUGUGAUCUAUAGAUGAUACACACCUUCAAAAAUUAAAAGGCAGACAUUUCAUUGGUUUAUUUUUAUAUUAUCAGAAGAGAAAAAUGUCUUACACUAUAGCAUGUGAAACUUUAGUGAUUGAACUGUGAUCAGUUAUUUUUUUCUUUUUGUUAUUUUGCUUUUUACAAGUAUUUACAAGACAAUCAAAUGUAUUUAAAAUCUCAGGUCACUCACAAGACAAUUGUACUUAAACUUUACAACCUUUAAAAUUUGUUUACUAGUUAAUAGUUAUUAGUUAUUUAAGAUUUAUAUUUAGAUUGCAAGGUAUAAUACAAAUUAUCUGUGAUAAUUGCUAUUGAUCUUUUUCCUAAUAUACAAUAAUAAUUAUUUAUCACUGUUUUCUUAAAUUUUACUUUGUUCUUUUUGUGCGAUAGUUUUCUAAUCAAGCUUUUUAAUUGAGAGGGAUUUUUCUCCGUUGAGUAGUGUGAGAACAUGAUGACAUCAUAUGCUAAAUUAAUGUCAUUGAUGAUGCCCAGGAAAAUAGCAGUAAACAGUUAUACUAUUGGUUUUAAACUCUAGAAAGUUUCUAAGCUACAUCUGAUCUCAGGGCUUUCACCAUUUGGUGAGAUUCUAACAGAUUAUGAGUGAGCAAAAAAUCUGAUUUUUUUUUAUAAAGGGUGUGAAGACACAUUGUCAAAUUUGUUAUCAUCAAAGCCAACACUUUCAAUCUUUUUUAAUGAUUUUUUUUUAAUUGUAUUGAAUUAGUGAACUAAAUGUCCUGGAGCAUUUUAUUUGUUGUGAUAAAAUGUUGUAUAUUUAUAGCGGUGUUGUUGUAAGAGCAAUUUCUGUAAACAUAUUUGAUUUUUUGGGGAAUUUGAAAAGAUAUGGAUAUUUUUAAUUUAUAAGUGAGGAAACUGAUUUGUAUACUCUAUGUUUUCAACACUGUUUUAACUACAAUAUA